AUGGCGGCGUCGGGGCCGGGGAAGCCCAAGACCUCCCCCAAGUCGGUCAAGUUCCUCUUCGGCGGCCUGGCCGGGAUGGCGGCCACGGUGUUCGUGCAGCCGCUGGACCUGGUGAAGAACCGGAUGCAGCUGAGCGGCGAGGGCGCCAAGACGCGCGAGUACCGGACCAGCCUGCACGCGGUGGGCAGCAUCCUCCGCCAGGAGGGGCUGCGCGGCAUCUACACCGGGCUCUCGGCCGGGCUGCUCCGCCAGGCCACCUACACGACCACCCGGCUGGGCAUCUACACCGUCCUCUUCGAGCGGCUGACGGGCGCCGACGGGACGCCCCCCAGCUUCCUGCUCAAGGCGCUCAUCGGCAUGACGGCCGGCGCCACCGGGGCCUUCGUGGGCACCCCCGCCGAGGUGGCCCUCAUCCGCAUGACCGCCGACGGCAGGCUGCCCCCCGAGCAGCGCCGCGGCUACAGCAACGUCUUCAACGCCCUCCUGCGCAUCACCCGCGAGGAAGGCGUCCCCACGCUCUGGAGGGGAUGCGUGCCCACCAUGGCCCGGGCGGUGGUUGUCAACGCAGCCCAGCUAGCCUCCUACUCCCAGUCGAAGCAGUUCCUCCUGGACUCGGGGUACUUCCAAGACAACAUCCUGUGCCACUUCUGUGCCAGCAUGAUUAGCGGGUUGGUGACGACGGCAGCCUCCAUGCCCGUGGACAUCGCCAAGACCAGGAUCCAGAACAUGCGGAUGAUCGAUGGGAAGCCCGAGUACCGGAAUGGACUGGACGUGCUGGCGAAGGUUGUCCGCUACGAAGGCUUCUUCAGCCUCUGGAAGGGCUUCACGCCCUACUAUGCCCGCCUCGGCCCCCACACCGUCCUGACCUUCAUCUUUCUGGAGCAGAUGAACAAGUUCUACGGGAAGUUCUUCCUGGGCACCUGAGGGGCACCGGCUCCCCCAUGCCAGCACACACAC